AUGGAGGAAAAAAACGUUUUAGAAUAUGCAGAAGUUAUAAUAGACAGACAGAGAGAUAAAAUUAAUGAUUUAGAAAAGAAAUUAAUAGAAUUAAGGAGUAAAAGCGAAGAGUUACAAAAAAGUGCCGUGAAAAAUGAUGAAGAAAAUAAAAAUUUAAGAUUAGAGUUAAAUAGAAAAAAUGAUAAUGAUGUAAUUUUAAGUAUGCAAUUAAAUAAAGAAAAUGAAUUCCUUCAAAAAAUCAGUAUAUUGGAAAAACAACUACUUAAAAGAGACACACUUUUAGAAGAAUUAAAUAAUUUACUAAAAAAAAGGAAACAUGAAUAUGAAGUAUUAUUACAAGAAAAAGAAAAUUUGAUAAAUACAAUUAGCAUGCUAAGGAGUGAUGUGUGCAAAAACCGAAAAAAUGAUAAAUUGAAAGAACAAGAAUUAUUAAAUAAUGAAAAAGAAAAUGAAAAUUUGUUAAAUUUAUACAAAAAUAAUAAUGAAGAAUUAAAUAUAACAAAAAGAUGCCUAAUACAAAUUGAAAGUGAAUUACACUUAUACAAAAAACAAAAUGAAAAUCAAAAAAAUGAAAUACAAAAAUUAUAUAAAAUUAUUAGCUGCAUGAAUAAAGAAAAAAUACUGGCUCCACCUAUAGUAUUAGCGCUUCAAAAUGAUUAUGCUAAAUAUAAAAAAUAUGGAUAUGUGGAUGAAUAUACAAAAAAUGGCGCAUUAAUAGAAGCCCCAUCACAAUAUAAUGCGCAUGGCUCAGUUAACAUAUUAUCUACUGAUAAUACUAUUAUGAAGGGAAAUAAAUCAACAACACUUAAACGUAUUAAUGAAAAUGAUCCACAAGGGAAUAUAUCAUGUGAUGAAAAUUUAUUAAAAUUAAAUAUAAUUCAAUCACAAGAACAAAAAGCUUUAUUUAAUAAAAUAUUAGAUACAUUAAACAAAGCACAAGAUAAUCAAACCAACUUUUUUUUUUCAUCAAUGGUAUUGCAUUAUUUUCAAAAGCAAAAAAAAAAAAAUUCAAUAUAUUCAAGUAGCGCAUCAAUAGAUAAUACAGUAAGUAAUGAAAUAAAUUUUUCGGAGAAUUCUUCUACUAUUUCUAGUUCAGAUGAUAGUUUGGAAAAAGAAAGGUAUUCAAAAAGGGAAAAAAAUAAAAACAAAGAAAAUGAAAAAGACAGAGAAAAUAAAAAGAAAAAGAAUACACAAUAUGAUUAUUCUUCAAAAAAAUACAAAAACAAAAGUAAUAAUUUAAAAAAAAAACGUAAUCAAGUAUCCUCAAAAUAUAGCAAUACCAAUUCAACUAAAAGUUAUAUAGAAAAUGAUUACGCUGAAGGUAAUGAUAAUUCUAAUAAUGAUAAUAAAUAUAAUAAUAGCGAAGAUAGUAUUGAUUCAUUUAAUUCAAGUUUAAGUGAUUCUUAUCAGAAUGAUGAUGAUCACUCCCAAACUGGUAUAAAUGAAAUGAAUAGCAAUAAUGUAAAAAAUAAGUAUAAUGCAAAAAAAAAUGAUAUAUUUAAUUAUGAAAAUUAUAAAGAAAAAUAUAUAGGAAUUACACGUAAAGGGUUAUUUAUUUAUAAUAAAAAAGGAGAUGAAGAGCCAAUACAUAUUAUUUUAAGUAAAAAUACAAAAAAUGUGAAAAUGUUAGACAAUAAUCAAAUAUAUUGCUUCGAACACACCACCCUUGAUAAUAAACGAGAAAAACAUUACUUUUUAAUAAAAGACGGUGAUAAAUAUUUAAGAAUGUUUUAUGCUUUGCAAUAUGCAGAUUUUAUUAAAAAUAGUUAUAAUAAUGUGAAAAAUAAAAACAAAACAAAAUAUGUUUAUAAUGAAUGGGAUAAUCAUAAGUAUGAUGGUCGUAAAAAAUUUAAUAAAGAACAUGAAAGAACAAACAUUAAAAAAAAUAAUAACAAAUAUGAAGAUGAUUCUGACAGCAAAACAUCCUAUUCUGCCGUCUCAGAUAUAACAGUAAAUAUUUUUACACCUAAUGGAAUAGACAAAAAAGGUAAUCAUAUACCAUAUGUAUGUAAUAAUGUUUUAUUAAAAGCAAACCCUAAUAAUAAUCAUCUAUUACUUAUAAAUUUUGGAGAAAACUCCAAAAUUAUAAAUUGUAAGGAUUAUAAGCUGAAAUGUAAAAAUAAUAAAAUUAUUUUAUAUUUUAACAAUCUUAAAGACCAACAUAUUCUUAUACCUAAAAAUAAAAGAUCCACAAAAACAUUGCAAAAUAUUUUAACAAAAAUGGUAUGGGAAAAAAAAAAAAAAAAAGAUGAUGCACAAAAUAGUGAUAAUAAUUCAGCAAAUAGUUACUUAAAUAUUAAUAAUGAUGUUUCACAGUCAUCUGUAAAAAUGUCUAAUGAAAGUGAUAGUAAAGAAAUUUCGGAUAAUAUUAUGGAUAGAGAAAUAGACAAAGAUGUUUUGAGGGAAACUAAAAAGAAAGGAAAAUUAAAAUCAAAAGAAUUAAGCAUAGAAAAAGAACAAUUAACACAUCAUGAAAACGUAAAUAAGAAUCAAUCCAAAAAUGAUAACUAUCAAACAAAUCAUAGCAAAAGUAAUGACGAAAAUAAAAAUGAAACAGAAAGUGAAAAAGAUGCUGAUACUAUAAAAAGUAAUACAUUAUCGAAUAUGAGUGAUUCUAGUAAACAAAAUGAAACAUUUGCUAUAAAAAAUAAAACACUUUAUAUAUGUAAAGAUGGUAAACCUUUUAAAAAAAAUCAAACAAGUUAUAACGAAGAGAAUGCUUUUGCAUUUCAUAACGACAAUUUACAAAUUUUACAAGAUGAUAAAGCCCAAGAAUUAACAUUUAUAAAUAAAAAGGAUAAUGGAGAUGAAGAAACAUAUGUAUUCCAUUAUCCAAUGAAAAAUAAAUAUGAUCAUAUUUUAUCACAAUUAAAUAAAAAUAAAUUUAAUAUUGUACAAAAAAGUGCAUAUGACAAAAUAAAACAAGCAGACGAAGCUAAUCAAGAUGAAGAAAAUAAGAAAGUAGAAGAUAUUAACACUGGAGGAAAUCCUUUAUCAAAUGUAAAGAUAGAAGCAGGUUUAUAUAAAAAACAAAAAGAAGACCAAUUUAUAAAAAAUAAUCAAAUUGUUGUUAUUGAAAAAGGAUUAUUAUUAAUUUAUACAAAUUAUGGAAAUGAAAAUUCCGUUCCUAUAUUGAAAUAUACACCCGAUGCUUGUGAAGUUAUAGCAAAUGACCAAAAUAGAGAAAUUAGCAUAAAAGAUACAACAUCUAUUUCCAAUGAAAAAAUAGUUCUUGAUUGCUUAAAUAAAACAGAAUUUUAUAGAUGGAAAAGUGCUUUGUGCUUUGGUGGAUUUAUAAAAGGUGAAACUGUUAACACCUCUCUUAUGAAUUUAAAAAAACACAUUUUUUCCAUAAAUUUAUUUGAUGAUCCUAACAUGAAAAGUUUAAUAAAAACUGAAAGGGAUUUCAUUUAUAUAUAUCCUGAUGAAAAAAUGGAGAAACCAUUGUUCUCUUUUAAUAAAGACAAAAUUGAAUUAGUCAUAUUUCCAGAUUUAAGAAAAAUUAGAGUAUAUUUACAAAGAGACACAAUAUAUGAACAACGAUAUGAUAUAUUAGUCCCAUUAGCUCGUGAUUUCGCAAAUAUUAAAAGCCAAAUAGAGAAAUAUAAUUAUUACACAUUAAGCCAAAAAAAAACACAAAAAAUCAAAAAACCAUUUGUUUUAUGUAAAACAAAUAUUAUUGCUAUACAUAAAAAUAAAUAUAAAUUAAUGCCAGAAAUAAUUAUGAAAAAAAAAAACACUACUGUUACAUUUGAUAAAAAAAAACUUACUAUUAUAUUCAAUAUCAAAAAUGAAGCAGAUAAUAAGCACAAUGAAACAAAAACUAUUACUUUAUCUAACGAAAUUAAUUUUAAUAAAUGGAUUGUUACUCUAAAAAUAGCUUCCUUCAUAUCUGGUUAUACCCUUCAUGAAAAUUAUAUGGCCCCUUCUAUCACUUUUGGGCACACAUGCCCAGAGGCAACUAGUUUGUUUAGAAAAAGAUCAAUAUUUGAAUCAAUUUUUAGAAAGAAAUCGUAA